AAUCCCAAACCCACGAGUUAACCAAAACCCCUCCUUUUCCCCCCCUCAAUCUUCUUCCCUCCUCCUCUUUCCAGCCACCACCAGACGAAAAAACCUCACCAGCACUCACAAACUCUAUCCAUGGCUGCCGAUCCAACCCAGUUGCAGCAACUCACGCACCUCCUCGGGCCUGACCCGAGUCACUUCGAAAUUUUAGUAAGCCACCUCAUGUCUUCCUCCAAUGAGCAACGGUCCGCCGCCGAGUCACUCUUCAACCUCUGUAAGCAAGCUCAACCGGACUCGUUCACGCUCAGACUUGCUCACCUUCUCUCUUCCUCCGCGCUUUCCGAGAUUCGCGCCAUGUCUGCUGUCCUCCUCCGUAAGCACCUAACCCGUGGAGCAGCUAACGAUGACUCGUUCCUUUACCCUAAGCUCAAUGAGUCAACUCGCUCCACCAUUAAGAACAUACUUCUCUCUUCUCUCCAGAGAGAAACCACGAAAUCAAUAACUAAAAAGAUUAACGACACGGUUUCAGAGCUCGCUGCCUCAGUUUUGCCAGAUGGCGGGUGGCCUGAGCUGUUGCCGUUCAUGUUCCAAUGCGUCACUGCACAGAAUCAUAAUCUCCAAGAAUCGGCGCUUUUGAUUUUCGCUCGAUUGGCUCAGUUUAUUGGUGAAACCCUAAUUCCACAUUUGAGCACCCUUCGCGAACUGUUUUUAAAUUGUUUAAGCAAUUCCACGAGUCCGGAUGUGAGACUUGCAGCUUUAAACGCCACAAUUAAUUUUAUUCAAUGUUUAUCAAACAAUCAUGAUCGUGAUAAAUUUCAGGAUUUGUUACCGUUAAUGAUGCAAACUCUAACAGAAUCAUUGAAUAACAAUCAAGAGGCAACAGCCCAAGAAGCGCUCGAGUUGCUUAUUGAAUUAGCGGGCAGUGAACCGAGAUUUUUGAGGAAGCAGAUAAUGGAGGUGGUUGGGUCUAUGUUGCAAAUAGCGGAGGCAGAGAGUUUAGAAGAAGGGACGAGACAUUUGGCCAUAGAGUUUGUCAUCACAUUAGCUGAGGCUAGAGAGAGGGCACCCGGGAUGAUGAGGAAGUUUCCACAAUUUGUGCAUAAGCUGUUUAUGGUGUUGAUGAGAAUGCUUUUGGACAUAGAAGAUGAUCCCGUGUGGCAUAGUGCAGAGAGUGAAGACGAGGAUGCUGGGGAGACCAGCAAUUAUGGGUUUGGACAGGAGUGUCUAGACAGGUUGUCUAUUGCUCUUGGCGGGAAUACUGUAAUUCCAGUUGCUUCUGAGGUUUUGCAAAGCUUUCUGGCAGCUCCAGAGUGGGAGAAGCAUCAUGCUGCUCUCAUUGCUUUGGCACAAAUAGCAGAGGGUUGCUCAAAGGUGAUGAUAAAGAAUCUUGAGCAGAUAGUUUCUAUGGUCUUAAACUCAUUCCAAGAUCCCCAUCCCCGUGUGAGGUGGGCAGCUAUAAAUGCAAUUGGACAAUUGUCAACUGAUCUGGGCCCAGACUUGCAAAAGAAGUAUCACCAAAGAGUGCUACCUGCUUUGGCUGGAGCAAUGGAUGAUUUUCAGAAUCCUCGAGUUCAGGCUCAUGCUGCUUCAGCAGUGCUCAAUUUUAGCGAGAGCUGCACUCCUGACAUAUUGGCACCAUACUUGGAUGGAAUUAUUAGCAAGCUUCUUGUACUCCUUCAGAAUGGGAAGCAAAUGGUGCAAGAGGGUGCCCUGACUGCUUUAGCAUCAGUUGCUGAUUCAUCACAGGAACACUUUCAGAAAUAUUAUAAUGCUGUGAUGCCCUACUUGAAAGCUAUACUGGUGAGUGCAAAUGACAAGUCUAACCGCAUGCUGCGUGCUAAAGCUAUGGAGUGCAUUAGUUUGGUUGGGAUGGCUGUUGGAAAGGAUAAAUUUAGAGAUGAUGCCAGGCAGGUUAUGGAUGUCUUAUUGUCACUGCAAGGAUCUCAAAUGGAGGCAGAUGACCCAACUACUAGCUAUAUGCUACAAGCAUGGGCCAGACUUUGCAAAUGCCUUGGGAAAGAUUUUCUUCCAUACAUGAAUGUUGUCAUGCCCCCUCUGCUUCAAUCUGCACAGCUUAAGCCCGAUGUGACCAUUACAUCUGCAGAUUCAGAUGUUGACAUUGAUGACGACGAAGACGACAGCAUUGAAACAAUCACUCUUGGGGACAAAAGGAUAGGGAUUAAGACUAGUGUUUUGGAGGAAAAAGCAACAGCAUGUAACAUGAUUUGCUGUUAUGCCGAUGAGUUGAAGGAAGGCUUUUUCCCGUGGAUAGAUCAGGUUGCUACAACAUUGGUUCCUCUUCUUAAAUUUUAUUUCCAUGAAGAAGUCAGGAAGGCAGCUGUUUCAGCUAUGCCGGAGCUUUUACGUUCUGCUAAACUAGCUAUAGAGAAGGGUCAAUCUCAAGGACGUAAUGAGUCAUACUUAAAACAAUUGUCUGAUUACAUUGUACCAGCUUUGGUGGAGGCCUUACACAAGGAGCCAGAGGUUGAAAUAUGUGCAAACAUGCUGGAUUCAUUGACGGAGUGCAUACAGGUUUCUGGCUCUCUUUUGGAUGAAAGCCAAGUAAGAUCCAUUGUGGAUGAGAUAAAACAGGUCAUGACAGCCAGUGCAGCCAGGAAACAGGAAAGAGCAGAGAGGGCCAAAGCUGAGGACUUCGAUGCAGAAGAAGGGGAGUUAUUAAAGGAAGAAAAUGAGCAGGAAGAAGAACUAUUUGAUCAAGUUGGUGAUCUGUUGGGCAUGUUAAUUAAGACAUUCAGAAUCUCUUUCUUGCCUUUCUUCGAUGAACUUUCAUCUUACAUAACACCUAUGUGGGGCAAGGAUAAAACAGCAGAAGAGAGGAGAAUUGCCAUUUGUAUAUUUGAUGAUAUUGUUGAGCAUUGCCAUGAAGCAGCUCUCAAAUAUUAUGCUACUUAUGUUCCUUUCCUUUUGGAAGCCUGCAAUGAUGAAAAUCCAGAUGUUAGGCAGGCAGCUGUUUAUGGGGUUGGUGUUUGUGCUGAGUUUGGUGGAUCUGUGUUUAAACCACUUGUUAGAGAGGCCCUUUCUAAGUUGAAUGUUGUCAUAAGUGAUCCUAACGCGCAUCAUUCAGAAAAUGUAAUGGCAUAUGAUAAUGCUGUUUCAGCUCUUGGAAAAAUAUGCCAAUUCCAUCGGGAUAGUAUAGAUGCAGCGCAGGUAUUCCCUGCCUGGUUAAGCUGCCUACCAAUAAGGAGUGAUUUAAUUGAGGCCAAGCUUGUGCAUGACCAGCUUUGUUCAAUGGUUGAAAGGUCGGAUAGAGAACUUCUAGGAUUGAACAAUCAAUAUCUUCCCAAAGUUGUCCUUGUUUUUGCUGAGGUCAUAUGUGCUGGUAAAGACUUGGCAACAGAGCAAACUGCUGGUCGAAUGAUUAAUCUAUUAAGGCAACUUCAGCAAAUGUUACCACCUGCUACCCUAGCAUCAACUUGGUCUUCCUUGGAGCCACAGCAGCAACUCGCCUUGCAAUCUAUUCUCUCUGCGUAGUUCAUCAGGAAAUUAGGUCCUCCUUCCCGUUGGGUUGCAUGUGCGGGUAUGCUAGUUUUCUUAAUUUUGGAAGAAGCUGUAUCCAGUCAAUUGAGUUCCUUUUGCAUUGGUGGGCAUGUCAUGGAGUUUGGAAAUGUGUUUGCCUGUACUCGUUGCAUAUUAUUAUGUGUUGAUAUCUUCCAUUUCUUUUUCCAUAAACUGCUUAUAAAAAAAUUUCUGUAGAGUUUUUCUUCUGCAUCAGAUAUGAAAGUGAAAAAUAGGAAAAAUUUUGUUUAGGAAUGUGUAUAUUAUUACUACUCCCGAGUGCUAUUCAUUGUUUUGAGUGUGAGGGUAUUUUUAGAAAUUUGGAGGCCUAAGUUGGUGUGGCUGAGGUUGAGGAUUGUGAGUGGCUCUAUUCUUUCUUUUUUUUUUUUUUUUUUAUAACUUUCCAAUUCUUGGGAUGUUAAAUAGGUAAAUAUUUUAUGGUGUAUAAAUAUAAAAAUGUUUUUUGAUUUGGUAGA